AUGGGAUGUAUAAAAUCAAAAAGGAAAGACCAUGUGAAUGACGAUGGGAUAGAUUUGAAGACUCAACCAGUACGUAAUACUGACCGAACUAUUUAUGUGAGAGACCCAACGUCCAAUAAACACCAGAGGCCAGUUCCAGAUUCACAGCUUUUACCAGGACAGAGAUUUCAAAAGAAAGACCCAGAGGAGCAAGGAGACAUUGUCAUAGCCUUAUACCCCUACGAUGGCAUUCACCAAGAUGACUUGUCUUUCAAGAAAGGAGAGAAGAUGAAAGUGCUAGAGGAGCAUGGAGAAUGGUGGAAAGCGAGAUCCCUUUCAACCAAGAGAGAAGGCUUCAUCCCCAGCAACUACGUAGCCAAAGUCAACACCUUGGAGACGGAAGAAUGGUUUUUCAAGGACAUAACCAGGAAAGAUGCAGAAAGGCAACUUCUGGCACCAGGAAACAGCCCAGGAUCUUUUCUUAUCAGGGAGAGUGAAACAUUGAAAGGAAGUUUCUCUCUGUCUGUCAGAGACUAUGAUCCUGUCCACGGUGAUGUCAUUAAGCACUACAAAAUCAGAAGCCUGGAUAAUGGGGGCUAUUACAUCUCUCCGAGAAUUACUUUUCCUUGUAUCAGUGACAUGAUCAAGCAUUACCAGAAGCAAUCAGAUGGCUUGUGCAGGAGACUGGAGAAGGCCUGCAUCAGUCCCAAACCUCAGAAGCCCUGGGACAAAGAUGCUUGGGAGAUCCCUCGUGAGUCCAUCAAGUUGGUGAAAAGACUUGGUGCCGGCCAGUUUGGGGAAGUCUGGAUGGGUUUCUACAACAACAGUACCAAGGUGGCCGUGAAGACCCUCAAGCCAGGCACCAUGUCUGUGCAGGCCUUCCUGGAAGAAGCAAACCUCAUGAAGACUCUCCAGCAUGACAAGCUGGUGCGACUGUACGCCGUCGUCACCAAGGAGGAGCCCAUCUACAUCAUCACCGAGUACAUGGCCAAGGGGAGUUUGCUGGAUUUCCUGAAGAGCGACGAAGGCGGCAAAGUACUCCUUCCCAAGCUCAUCGACUUUUCAGCUCAGAUCGCGGAGGGAAUGGCCUACAUCGAGAGGAAGAACUACAUUCACCGCGACCUGCGAGCAGCCAACGUCCUCGUGUCCGAGACUCUCAUGUGCAAAAUCGCAGACUUUGGCCUGGCGCGGGUAAUCGAAGACAACGAGUACACAGCCAGGGAAGGUGCUAAAUUCCCCAUUAAAUGGACAGCUCCAGAAGCCAUCAACUUCGGCUGCUUCACCAUCAAGUCGGAUGUGUGGUCCUUUGGGAUUCUCCUCUAUGAAAUCGUCACCUACGGGAAGAUUCCCUACCCAGGGAGAACCAAUGCAGACGUGAUGACCGCCCUGUCCCAGGGUUACCGCAUGCCCAGGAUGGAAAACUGCCCAGAUGAGCUAUACGACAUCAUGAAGAUGUGCUGGAAAGAGAAGGCGGAGGAGCGGCCCACCUUCGACUACCUGCAGAGCGUCCUGGACGAUUUCUACACGGCCACCGAGGGCCAGUACCAACAGCAACCUUAGCAGCGGGCCUGGUGGACUCAGGGACAGUUGUCACCUUGGAACAGGAAAGUUGGCAUGCAUAAGUCACACCAGCUGGCCCAUGUGCUGGCCUCAGCAGCUUGCCCUGCUGAAAGAUGGGGGGGCCUCGUGGAACUGGGUCUCUGCCCCUGCCCGCUUGGUGGCCACCGUGUGCAGCUGGCCAGCUUGCUUCACCAGACCCCACCAAGGUCGAGGCCCCUCCAGUCCCCUGCCCUGGCCUGACUCGAGUUUGCACCGAAACUCAAGUCCAGAUCCUGAAGUCUUUCACUCCAUCCCUGCUGAAGACUCUCAUGUAUGAAGCUCAGACGCUCGCCUGGACACUUGUUUGAUUUUUUUCUCUCUGCUUUCGCUGAUUUCUUUAAAAAUUACUAACCCGACCCGUUAGAGCUUGCAGGUAAAGUCAGAUGCUUAAAUAAACCAAAGCCAUCCCAAAGUGUCUUGACCAGAUUGUAGUCUCAGAUGGUCCUCGAAUUCGAAUAAAAUAUAUUUUCAUCCAUGAAUCCAGCUCAGACGUCCUCCUGCUAGCCUGUGAAAUGCCAACUAGUGCCCAGCCUGUCAAGAGACCCACAGAGAGUCUCUCACAGAGAGACUCAUGAACUGGGACCCUUAGGAAGAAUAUCUUCCAAGGGUCCAGAUUCUCAGUUUCACAAUUUUUUUCUC